AUGGUCAGCGCAAAGGGGCAAAACUGGGAGAACUAUAAGAAGGACUUCGCCGACGACGAGGUUGAGGAGAAGAAGAUUACACCUUUAUCAGAUGAAGAUAUUCAAGUCCUAAAAACCUAUGGCGCAGCUCCAUAUGGUGCCGCGCUAAAGAAACUCGAACAACAGAUCAAAGAGAAGCAAACAAGUGUGAAUGAGAAGAUUGGCGUAAAGGAAUCAGAUACCGGAUUGGCGCCACCUCAUUUGUGGGAUGUAGCAGCAGAUAGACAACGGAUGUCAGAAGAGCAACCUUUACAAGUUGCAAGAUGUACGAAGAUUAUCCAAGACGAGAAGGAUACAGAAAAGAGCAAAUAUGUCAUCAACGUUAAGCAGAUCGCGAAAUUCGUUGUAAACCUUGGCGACCGUGUCAGUCCUACAGAUAUUGAGGAAGGAAUGAGAGUUGGUGUCGACCGCAACAAGUACCAAAUCUUAUUACCCUUACCUCCGAAGAUCGAUGCUAGCGUUACGAUGAUGACAGUUGAGGAGAAGCCUGAUGUUACAUAUGGUGAUGUUGGAGGUUGUAAGGAACAGGUCGAAAAGCUACGAGAAGUCGUCGAAAUGCCACUGUUAUCACCAGAGCGAUUUGUCAACCUUGGUAUCGACCCACCCAAAGGUGCUUUACUUUAUGGUCCUCCAGGAACUGGAAAAACACUUUGCGCUAGAGCUGUCGCCAACAGAACCGAUGCUACAUUUAUUCGUGUUAUUGGUAGUGAGUUGGUGCAGAAAUAUGUCGGAGAGGGUGCUAGAAUGGUUCGUGAAUUGUUCGAAAUGGCGAGGACGAAGAAAGCUUGUAUCAUUUUCUUCGAUGAGAUUGAUGCAGUUGGAGGGGCUCGUUUCGAUGAUGGUGCCGGUGGAGACAACGAAGUACAAAGAACCAUGUUGGAAUUGAUUACCCAACUUGAUGGAUUCGACGCGAGAGGAAACAUCAAGGUCAUGUUCGCUACAAACAGACCUUCUACCCUGGAUCCCGCGUUGAUGAGACCUGGACGUAUCGAUAGAAAGAUUGAGUUCUCGCUACCAGAUCUCGAGGGACGAGCAAACAUUCUUAGAAUCCACGCCAAGAGUAUGUCUGUCGAGAGAGACAUUAGAUGGGAAUUGAUUUCACGUCUUUGCCCUAACUCUACCGGUGCUGAACUUCGAAGUGUUUGCACAGAAGCAGGAAUGUUUGCCAUUCGUGCUAGAAGAAAGGUCGCGACAGAAAAGGAUUUCUUGAGCGCAGUUGACAAGGUCAUCAAGGGUAACUUGAAGUUUAACUCCACUGCCACUUAUAUGCAAUACAACUAG